AAUAAAUAAAUAUAAGAAUAUAAAUAAUAAGAAUUAUUAUAUAUAAGAAGAAACUUUAGAUUAUGGACAAAAAUUAGAUUAUGAUGUUGCCACUUUAUACUUGUACUUUUCAUACAUAUUUACGAAAAAAUGACUAUAUGUAUGUGUGAAAUAAGUUCUUUAAAUAAAAAUUUGUGCAUAAAAUAAAAAUAGUUGAGUCAGCUUAAAAGUACGUCGCAUUGAGAGCUCUUUGUCCUCGCGAGCAAUAUCCAAGCAGAAAUUGAGAUUGUCUCGAAACGUUGGAAAUAUCAGAAUCAAAUAUGACAGUACUGUGCAAUAAAAAAGGGACAAACUUGACCGAACGUAUUAUCAAGCAUGUCAACACGCGAUUGUCAACACAACAGAAUUGCUCCAAAAAUAAUAAAAAAGAAAGAUAAUAAUAACAAACGUAUGAAGGAUUUUUAUUAGUUUCUAUUUUAUUUGAGGACACUCGACGUCUUCUUUGAUUAAUGUGAUUUCUUUAAUUAAUGUAAUUUAUGAUUUGUUUGCAUUGUAUGGUGGUAAGAUUUCGUGACGAUUUAAAGCCAAAUCACGAUUCUUAAGACUCAUGCGUCUUCUCUGCAACUAUAUUGGAUUAUAACGUCGGAAACGGAAAAUCAUAUAAGUGAGAACACAGAAGCAUUAACGCAAUUAUAUAUUAACUUUUUUGCUAAGAUUUACUUUAGUCAUUUGUAAUAAGAGUAAGCUAAUAUCAUAUAAAUUCUUUGAUUAAGAAUUUUUCAAAUGUUUGUUUUGAUUCACAAAAAAUGAAGUAAAGCGUAAAUAUAUAUCAAAGUAACUUGAGAGAUAUGUUAUUAAUAAAUUGUGCUGGUUUUACAUUUUUGCAGAGAGUUUUCCAUGGAAAAGACCGAUGGCUAUGUUGAAGAUUCCUUUAAUUCACAAUCAAAUGAAGAAUUAUUGAUUGUCAAGAACCUGGAACUAAAUAAGGAACUAAAUGUUAAAGAAGAGAUGCAGGAAGAGGCGUCCAAAAAAAUACAAGCAAUUUUAGAUUCAGAAAGUUCCCUGCUUUCAAAGAAAUGCAAAGAAACAAAGAAUUUUAAAAUAAAUUAUGACGAUUAUAAAAUAACACCUACACCAUCCGAAAGCUCAAGGCUGUCUUGGGACUCUUAUGGAUUUAAACAUAUGAAACAUAAAAUAACACCUACACCAUCCGAAAGCUCAAGGUUGUCUUGGGACUAUUAUGGAUUUAAACAUAUGAAACAAAGUAAAAUUAUGAAUUCAACAAAACGUUCCAACAAUUCACAUUCAAUUGCAUCAACUUCAUCUACACCUAUGGUAUCAGAUGAUCAAGGGAAAACUACAGAGGAGAAAGUUAUGGACCAUAUGGAUUCUGCAGAUUUCAUGUCAAAAUCAAUCUCUAAGGAUGAAUUAUUACAAGAUCAGGUAUUAGCAGAAUAUGAGGCACAUAGAAAAGAUACGGAAUGUAACUCUUUAAUUAACAAAAUAAAUAAUGUAUCGGGAUCGCUUGAUAGCGAUCUAAUUAGCGAGCAUAAUACGGAGCUGUUCCCUACGGAAUCGUCCCCUACGUCCUCUGCAGACUCUUCCUAUAUAUUCUCUUCUGAAGUGAUUGCGCCACCGUCUACGCCAAUCUUUCAAUCUGAGGACACUUCAGUGGAAGAUUCGGAAAAAAAAGAAUUUACAGAUUCCACGAUAAAUAUUCACUAUAUUAGAAACAUUUUAUCUACAUUUAAAUCAGAUAGUCAACCGAAAACUACAAAUGAUGAGGAAAUUAUGGACUCUAUGAAUUCUGCAGAAUUGAUAUCAACACAGAUGUCUAAAAAAGUGGAAGUGGAAGAUAAUGAUAAAAAAGAAUCUACAGAUUCAACGAUAAAUAUUCACGAUAUUGGAAACAUUUCAUCUACAUCUAUAUCAGAUAGUCAAUCGAUAACUACAAAUGAUGAGGAAAUUAUGGACUCCAUGAAUUUUGUAGAAUUGAUAUCAACACAGAUGUCUAAGAAUGAAUUAUUACAAUGGGCAUAUAUAAUUUUCUUUAUUUAUGUGUUACUAUCUUCAUUAAAAAAAGAGAUUAUCCAAAAAGUUACUCCUUCAAAACCAAUUCUUGUGAUAACUUAUGAUAAGGCUCGAAAAGACAAAAAAUCAGAAAACAUUCACGAUAUGAAAGUAAAAAUUCAUCGAAAGAAAUGUUCGUCGAAAUGUUCCACAUGUUUGAAAUGUUUUAUAAUCUUAUUAAUAUUAAUUCUAUCUCUAUUUUUAUUUCAAUUUUAUUUCCGUUUUGGACUUGUGCGGGAGGAGAGGACGGAUGAGAAUGAUGAGUACGCUGACAUUUUUGCGACUGCUAUUGUCGAAUUGGAGGAAGGGAUACUCGAUCACGAUGCAACCGUACGAGCCGUGACCAAAUAUAUUGAGCGAGAUACACCUAUUUUAAAAGUAGUAGCUCUCAUCGGUGAUACAAGCGUCGACAAACCAUACACGAUGGACAUUAUAAAAAAAAAAUUACGCAAAAGGAGGAGAAACGGUCUCUCACCUUCGUUUCCGACCUUUAUUGUCUUGGAGAAUUUGAGAGUAGAGCAUUCUAAAGUCGUUAUAAACUAUGUUAACACGUAUCAAGAAGCAUAUGGCAAUCGGGAGUUUACCAUAUUGGCCGUUUUUAAAGUUGAGCAGAUUGAUGACGAUUCGACGCGUGCAGAUCUUAACCACACUAUAAACGCAGUAAAAGAUUUUUUUAUCAAAGCGAAUAUUAUUAUGAAAAUUAUUCCCUACAAACCUUUGAGCGAGGACACAAUAGAAAAACACAUUAGGAAAACUGCGAAAAAUAUCGGACAAACGUUCUCCCAAGAUCAAAUCGAUUAUUAUAAACGACGUUUGAUAGAAGAUGAUACCGAUUGCCAAAAAAAUAUGGUUGUUAGACAAUAAAGAUCAUACAUAACUGUUUCCGAGGAGACAAGAUUGUCCAAAUUAUUGUAUUGCGUAUGACGCAACAAUAUUGGAAUAAGACUAUUAAUUUUGUACUGAAAGCCAACUUGCAUAUAAUUUACAGUCAUGAUCCGUUAUUGUAAACGCGUGAUGAAAUUUUCGUAUCCAUUACUUUCGGAUUGUACUAAAAACGAGCGGUGAUCUUUUUGUAGAAGGUGAUGUAUUGUUUAAUGUACGUUCGGUGGAACACGUAUUUAACACACUAUAACGCACGGUUAAACAAAUUCACAUUGAUUAAAAUUCUCGAUAUACCUCGUAAUAUCUCGUGUAAACGUAAUGAUACGUAAUGCUCAAACAUUAGGCAUUACGCUGCGCUACGUUGUUAACAUCGAUUGUUCUUAUAUAAUUGGAAAGUCAUUUGCGAUAGUUUCGUUUUGCUUUUUUUAGCUAUAUAAUUAUUAAACAGUUUGAUUUAUAAUAAACGUUUU